AUGCAGUUCCUCGACGGCGUGAAUAACAUGACCAGCGCUCGCUUCGCCCCAACUAAUCAACCAACAAACAUGGCGUCGUCACCUCCGCGUGCGAAAACGUCUCCGGGCAAGUCGCCGCCUAAAGCACCUGGAAGCCCAGUGCACCAAGCGUUCACGGACAUCAAGUCCUCUUGCGGUGAACAAGUGGAUUCCCGCAAGGUCACGGCACCCGUGACGGUCUUCGGUAGCGGUACUCGACCCCGAACGACUAAUGGCUCCAAGUCUCCAGGCCCCGGCGCCUACCAGAUCCCGUCAUCUAUCGGCAAGCCGGUAUUGUCCACGAUGGUUCAGGCCCCAGCGUGCUCCAUCAGCGGGCGUGAAAAGUUCGGCUCCACCUCUGACCUUAAGUUGUCGGCGAAGUUCCCGGGCCCCGGCGACUACACCACCGCCAUCGUCAAUCCACGCGAACGAGCAGCCCCCAGCUAUUCUCUUGGCAAGAAAUGGUCCCCCAUGCCGGGACAGAAGAAAUUCCCGGGUCCAGGUGCCUAUGAGACCACUCCGACAAUUGGCCGCACCGUCCUAUCCACGCAGAAGACCAACCCGAUGUCGUCAUUCCCCAAGGUUGAACGAAAGCCACUACGCACAUCAAGCACGGCGGACGUUGGACCUGGCCAGUACGCUGUCGUUGUCGAGGCUGUGGGCCGGCAGGCAGUAUCGACGCUCACGUCAGCAGCAGCGUACUCCUUCGGCACCGAGUCGCGUACUAAGACUAGCCGCUCGACCGCUGACUCCGUCCCAGGUCCGAACUCGUACGAAGCAAAGAGCUCUGUUGGCAAGCAGGUGGAAUCCACGUAUCGCACGGCUCCCAAGUGCUCUAUGUCUGGCCGGACCAAGUUCGGCAGCCACUUCUAG